AUGAUGGUCUUCGCCACCCCUUUACCUGGAGGUCGAGGUCGAGGUCGAGUCCGUCGAUAUCUUACCUGGAGAUCGGCACCGACGCUGACACUGACGCUGACGUUGAUCGUGGUCACGCUGCUUGCGGUCCUCAUCUUUAUCCUCCUUCUGUCACAGCGCGGGUUCAUGCGCUGGACGUCCAAGUCAUCACGGACUGCGCUCUCGGAGGGACUCCAAGGGGUUUUGCAGAGCUACGCGGCUCAAGUCGUCGUCGUCAAUGCCAGCACGCAUCCGCACCUGUUCUCUCCCGUGGUCUCAAAGCCGCAGGACAUGCCCCUACCAAUGGCAAACUCUCUGAUCAUGCAGUUCACGCACUGCCCCCUGGCGCCGAAUCCGUAUACAUCACAUAUCCGCUUACCGAACGUGCUGUACAAUAUCAGUCUCGUAUCUCCUCCACAUGCACCAGAACAUCGGGAGCGAAGUGAGAGCAGCUCCGAGAAGAGCUCCAACGAUGACGCAGAUACACAAGGAAAGGAAACAAAAACGCGCUUCUUCAACCCGGCCAUCAUCGCCCUCCCACACUGGUCCGGGCGCGUGAAAUAUGUCCUCGUCUCCCGCCUCGUCACGACGGGAUUCCAUCAGGAGUCGCACAUCUGUUUGGCGGAUAUCUGUCAUCCUCCUCUUCAGCAGUCUUCACCGUUACCGCAUUCAGUCUCGAGAUCCUUCCCGCUGGAACGCAGCAGCAAUAACGCUACUUCAACUGCCCUUCUUCAUCUUGCAGGUGGUCCCGCCGACGCUGAUCCUGCUGCCCCACAACGCCUCGAAAGACGGCAACGGCAGCCUCGAUCCCAACAAGCUCUAUCCCCCGGGCCAGACACCAGCCCCUGCUCCUCCUUUGACCUCUCUGAUUCCCGACUCGGCGCGCACGGCGGCCUACGCUGCCUGACAACCCCACGAAAGAUCAACAUCCCCCCAACCCCGGCGGAGAACUGUACCGACUCGUGGCUCGCGUUUCCCGACAUCCCGGGCUUCCACGACCCUAGAGUCUUUUGGAGCGGGAAAGGGGAGCCUCUGAUCCUGGUGAAUAGCGCCAGUCGCUACGGGUGCGUCGGGCUCUGGAUCGUGGAUUUGAGAAAGGUUUACCCGGAACUCGAGGGUGUUUUGGAUCGUGAGCACCACAACCACCACCAGGCGAUCGAUGGAGCAAAGGUGAAAGCGAGGGAUACGGAAACCGGGUUGCAGACAGAAGAGGAUCAAGCGCGCAGAGGUACCGUCCACAGAGGAUCUCUCGGCGUGAAGCCUUUGAUGAGUUACCCCCAUCUCACCGAGAUCACACGAAACCCCAGGGAAAGCCGGGCGCGUGUGGAGAAGAAUUGGAUGCUCUGGUUUCCGAGUGCCGGUGAGGCGUACGUCCAGUAUAACCUGAUCAGCCAGCAGGGCACAGGAGAGGCGGAAGAGGAAGAAGGGUUCAAAAACGAGAUGGAGAUGCUGGCAAGACUCGGAUUGAAUAAUGCCACCACCAACGCCCUUCUCCGCCUUGCCACCAAUAAUGCCACGAACCAUACUGCAGCUUUCUCAACAACACUCCACCACACAAGCUCCUCCCGAAGGUGGACAGAAGAAAGAAGACAGACCGAUAAGAAGGGAAGAGGACGCACCUUUGCCAAACUCACCGGCAACGGCUUCACCACGCCAAACCUCACCUCGGCCCUCGAGAAGCCCUGCUUCUCCGAGAAGGAAGGACACUUUACAGACUCCCUUGGCAACAGCGGCCACUGGCACCAAGGCUCCAACUCGCUACGAUUGAUCCUCUGCACAAGGGCACAGGCGAGGAGUGGUGAUUCUGCUUGCAAGGAUGACGAGAGCGCGAGCGCCAAUGGCACCGCCGUGACUAUUGGUCGCUCUGUCCACUUUGCAAUCAUGCAUCGAAAGUUCAGCAACGAGUUGGAUUUGCCGUUACGGUAUGAGCGAUAUGUGGUUGUGUGGGAAGGGAGGGAGCCGUUCCAGAUGUUAGGGGUGAGUCGGUUCCCGUUGUUGAUGAGGAACGAGAAGGCCGGGCCGUGGACGGAGGAGGAAAACUGGCCCCAUCAGCCCAAGGAAAAAGGAUGGAAUGCGACCAAGGAGCAUGUACUACAUGAAAAGAAGGGAGGGAGGGUGGUUAGAAGGGGCGAUGAAGAGCUGUAUGGGAAUGAGGCUGAACAAGAGGACGAUGACUUUGUCAAAAGUCAAGCUUACUUCACUUACACACCAAGUCUGGCAUGGGCGUGGAGGCCUCAUUCUGCAGCGGCAAAUCAGGAAGAGGAGGAUGAUGAUGUCGAAUACAUGUCGCAGUUGGGGACGGGAUAUUUGGGCGACGACGUGUUGAUCGGAAUCGGACUGGAAGAUGUGAGCCAGGCUUUUGCAAGGGUCAAGGUCGACGAUCUCUUGCAAUGUUUGAGGUUGUGUCCUGGGGUCAAAGUCGCCGACGAGGCAAGCUAG